AUGGGUCUCACUAUGAACGAGCAGACACCGUUGCUCGUCUCCCGCGAAGCCUGCCCUAUCUCAGUACGCCGAAAAGCUUCUUAUCUUCCACAAUGGAGACCUAUUUGGGAAACAUGGAAAAUCCCAAUACUAUGCUACUCAUUUGCAUUCUGUGUCGAUGGGUCAGAGAAUAUGCGUUCAACCCCAAGAACCCGUCUCUUCGAAAUAAUCCUGUGUCGGCGCUACUACGCUGCUCUGAGAGCUGAAGAUGGCCCUCCCUGGGCUCCUCGAUCUGACAUUCCGGAACACAUGUGCAAGGUUCCAGAAGUGCAGAGCGCAGUUGUGAAUGCCAAACUGUGGUUCAAAUUAGUUGAAAGCCUAUUCGCAUUAAUCCUAGCCAUCCCCUUUGGAAAAUUAUCCAAUACAAAAGGCCGUAGAUUUGUCCUCUUUGUCGGCAUAACUGGACAGAUCCUAUCAGAGUCUUGGAUUCUCACGGUAUGCCAUUUCGACGACAUCUUUCCGUUCGGACUUUUGUACGCUGCCUCCAUAUUCAAGUCUCUCGGUGGCGGAGACAUGGUCCUUUCGGCCAUUGCCCAUGCUAUCCUUGCCGACGUAGUUUCUGAAGACAAACGGGCACAAGCAUUCUUCCACAUGGCCUCCGUAUCACUGGUAUCGGAAGUGAUUGUACCUCCCUUGGGAUCGAUGCUCAUGCAGAUAAGAGGAGUCUACGCGCCUCUCCUUUGCGUGUUUCCCCUGCAGCUGCUCGCUAUCAUCGGCCUAGCCAUAGCCCCUCAUUCAAUCGACGCCAUGAAAGGACACCAUCUAGACCAACCCGACAUAGAAGAACUGUCCACUGGCUUCUCCACCAAAGCACAAGGCAUCAAAGCCAUCGUAACAGCCGUCUUCCACAGACUCAGAACCAACUGGACCCUAAUCCGCGCCAACGGCCCAACCAUCAUCGCCACAAUCUCCUUCCUAGCGACAUAUAUAGCAAAAGACACGCUAGAUUUUCUAGUGCAAUACGUCUCGAAACGAUUCAACUGGAGUCUGGCAAAGGCAAACUAUCUCAUCUCCUUCCGAGCACUCACAAACCUCCUCCUCUUCCUUUUCGUCCUCCCCACAAUCACCAAAAUCCUCUCAACCCAACACUCCAUGUCACCCCCGAAGAUCGACCUCUGGAUCUCCCGCAUAAGCUCCCUAUUCGGCAUCCUCGGACCAGUUCUCCUAGGCCUGGCACCAACGCCCGCAUUGAUGGUUCUAUCAUUAAUCCCAUUCACCCUCUCCCUGGGCUAUCCGCACGCCAUCCAGUCCUACGGAACAUCCCUGGUCGGACCGGUUAAUGUUGCGCCGUUUUAUUCAUUCCUGGCUAUGGGUCGUAUUGCGGGGACGUUGGUUGCGUCGCCGCUUCUCGCUGGGGCAUUUAACUUGGGCUUGAGGGUUGGAGGGGUGGCGUUGGGGUUGCCGUUUUAUGUUGCGGCGGGUUUGUUUGGGGUUGGGGCUUGGGGGGCUUGGAGGUUGGGGUAG